AUGGGUAAAGACAACCAAUAUGAUGCAAAAGAAAGACAAGCACUUGCCGAAAAAUUAAGGCGAACGGCACUUGCUGGUGUCACGGUUUCAUCCAUAGCAGCUGUACUUUGUGCUUUGUCUCUUCCCAUGGUUUACAAUUAUUUGCAACACGUUCAGUCUAUUCUGCAAAAUGAAGUUGAUUUUUGCAAGGUUCGAAUGGAUACAUUAUUGAAUGAAUUAUCAGUAACUGGUGCUGACAAACGGAUAUCAAGGAAACGAAGAGAUUACGGUACUGGACAACCAUCAACAUACAACUGGCCCGGUCAAUCACCAAUCUGCUGCGGUUGUGGGAUUGGCUUGCAAGGGCCAGUGGGGCCACGUGGAAAAGAUGGCAUUGAUGGUUUAGAUGGCAGCCCUGGAUCAGAUGGAAAACCUGGAAAAGAUGCAGACGAUGUGCAAAUUGAAUUCUGUUUUGAAUGUCCACGAGGUGUGAAAGGGCCACCUGGUCCACCGGGACCAAAGGGGGACAUUGGACCCCCUGGACCACCCGGUUUGGAUUCCGACGGCGGAGAGAGAGGCCCUUCUGGGCCUACUGGUGCAAUGGGACCGCCAGGCCCACCAGGACCAGCUGGUGCAAAAGGAGAAAGUGGUCCUCCUGGCUACCUUAUUGAGCAACCAGGACCUCCAGGACUACCUGGAGAACCCGGCAAGUGA